UUCCAUCUCUGCUUACCCAAAAACCUGCAUUUCCCUUCUCAACCCCCCAACGCACACACUCCCUCUUCUGCCCUUCUCUAAUUCCCAAUCCAACCCUUCUCAUCGCCUACCCUUCCCGAUGUUCUCCAGUUACCCGCCAAUUUCCCUCUAAAACCCAAUUUUCAAAUUCUUUCUUCCAUAUUCUCGGCCUCUCGCGGAAGCCCCAAGUUGUCUUCUUUCGAAUUUCGAUCCGCUUUUUGUGUUGUGGUACAGCUUCUACACUUCACUUCUCUUGAACCCCGUUGUUGAUUUUUCUUGUUUUAUGCGAGAGAGGCUUGUGUUUAUUGAUGCAAGACUCGCCUGGUUGCUUAUGGUGAAAUAAGCUGUCACUUUGUAAAUUGUUUACAGUUCAAUAAGUGACGGAAUUUAUGGAAGCAUCUUAGGAUAGACUGCUGAAUCAGGCACGAUUGAUUCAGUCAGAAAGUCAUUGUUUCAGCUAUUAGUUUAUAAAUUGGUAUUCUUUGUUCUGUGGGCGAUUUUUUGCUGUUAAUAAUAUAUUCAGAUUGAUUACUUCAAUGGCUAAUCAUGAGUUGAUACUUGGGCGAAGUCACAAUUUGGCUAUGGGGCAGAACCAGACAUUGGUGCUAGGCCAUAAUCAUAAUAUGGGGCUUGGUCAGAACCAUGAACUUGAAUUGGGACAAACCCAUGAACAUCAUUUGGGUUUGGGGCAAAACCAUGACCAUGAACUGGGCCUAGGGCAUCCUCAUGAUCAUGAGCUGGGGUUAGGACAGAGCCAUGACCAUGACCUAGGAUUGGGACAUGGACAUGGUGAAGGAGAGGAUGAUGGCCACAAUUAUGGCCAUGGUAAUGAGCUGCUACUGGAUCGAAAACCUGAACAUGUCGAGCAUGAGUUGGCUCUUCCUUCGCAGAACCAUGAAUUAUCAUUAUCAGAAAACCAUGAAUUGGUUGUUUCAGAUGGCCAAGAACUUGAUGAGAAUCUUGAACUGGCUGUGGAUCAGAACCAGGAGAUGGGGAUGGAAUCUCAGGAUUUGGCUAUUGAGGACUCUCAGCUUUUACUUGAUUCUCAUCAAGUUGUUCAGGCCCGUACUGUUGUUUCAAGUCCUAAUUACGAGCUUUGUGUGGGGCAAGAGUUCCCAGAUGUCAAGAGCUGCCGUAGGGCAUUGAGGGAUACAGCAAUUGCUCUCCAUUUUGAAAUCCAGACCAUAAAGUCUGACAAGACCCGCUUCACAGCCAAGUGUGCAACUGAGGGAUGCCCAUGGCGCAUACAUGCGGCAAAGCUCCCUGGCGUCCCAACUUUCACAAUCAGGACCAUCCACGAGACACAUACAUGUGGAGGAAUAUCUCAUCUUGGCCACCAGCAAGCCUCAGUUCAAUGGGUUGCAAACUCUGUGGAGCUACGGCUUAGGGAAAACCCAAAUUACAAGCCAAAGGAGAUACUGGAGGAGAUUCACAGGGUUCAUGGGAUAACCUUAUCUUAUAAGCAAGCUUGGCGAGGCAAGGAGCGUAUCAUGGCUGCUAUGCGUGGAUCCUUUGAAGAGGGGUAUCGCUUACUUCCACAAUAUUGUGAACAGGUGAAACGAACAAAUCCAGGGAGUAUAGCAUCUGUUUAUGGAAACCCAACAGAUAACUGUUUCCAGCGUUUAUUUAUAUCUUUCCAGGCGUCUAUAUAUGGUUUUCUGAAUGCAUGUAGGCCACUCCUUGGGCUUGAUAGAACCUUUCUGAAAAGUAAGUAUCUUGGGACUUUGCUUCUUGCUACUGGUUUUGAUGGAGAUGGUUCUCUGUUUCCUCUAGCAUUUGGUGUUGUUGAUGAGGAGAAUGAUGAUAAUUGGAUGUGGUUUCUGUCCGAACUUCAUAACCUGCUCGAGAUUAAUACAGAAAAUAUGCCUAGGCUUACAAUUUUGUCAGAUAGGCAAAAGGGAAUCACAGAUGGAGUAGAGGCGAAUUUCCCAACAGCUUUUCAUGGAUUUUGCAUGCGUCACCUGAGUGAGAGUUUCCGAAAGGAGUUUAAUAACACAAUGCUUGUCAAUCUGCUCUGGGAAGCUGCUCAUGCCUUGACUGUAAUUGAAUUUGAAGCAAAGAUUCUAGAGAUUGAAGAGAUAUCACAAGAUGCUGCAUACUGGAUUCGUCGAAUUCCUCCACGAUUGUGGGCUACUGCUUAUUUUGAAGGAACAAGAUUUGGGCAUUUGACAGCUAAUAUAGUUGAAUCGUUAAACUCUUGGAUUCUGGAGGCCUCAGGGCUUCCAAUAAUUCAGAUGAUGGAGUGUAUUAGGCGGCAGCUAAUGACAUGGUUCAAUGAACGUCGAGAGACCAGUAUGCAAUGGACAUCAAUACUUGUCCCUUCUGCUGAGAGGCGUGUUGCAGAGGCUCUUGAGCGUGCACGAACCUAUCAGGUGCUUCGUGCUAACGAAGCCGAAUUUGAAGUUAUCUCUCAUGAAGGAACGAAUAUUGUGGACAUACGGAAUCGCUGUUGUCUUUGUAGGGGAUGGCAGUUGUAUGGUUUGCCAUGUGCACAUGCUGUGGCUGCCCUUCUCUCCUGCAGGCAGAAUGUCCACAGAUUUACAGAAAGUUGUUUCACUGUAGCAACCUAUAGAAAGACAUAUUCACAAACCAUUCAUCCAAUUCCUGAUAAAAGUCUUUGGAAGGAGUUGUCUGAGGGAGACCCUAAUGCCAACAGAGCUCUUGAGGUUGCAAUCAACCCACCAAAAUCACUUCGUCCACCUGGUCGGCCAAGAAAGAAGCGAGUGCGAGCAGAAGAUCGUGGUCGUGUCAAGAGAGUUGUGCAUUGUAGCCGUUGCAAUCAGACAGGACAUUUUAGAACUACUUGUGCAGCACCAAUUUAAAUCAUGACUGAUGGGAAAUGGUAAACUGGUAUAAAUAACUCUGAUUAGGUCUCUCUUGUGUAGAAGGAUUCUGGCUGCUAUUUUUUCAUGUAGUUUCGAACUAGUUCCGGAUUUUCAAGUGUUUGUUUUUUUUUUCUUUUUAUGUUGUAUGUGACAUUGAUGCAACUUAAGUUAUAAUCAGCUAUCCCACUGAAUGUUUGCUUUAACAAUACAAAGUUAUGGAAGAUUGUGUUCAUAAUUGUA